AUGGGCGGAUGCGCGGAAACCUCACGACCAGAUGGCGAGGGUCCUGCUUCUGCCAGUGGUGGCACGGAGGAUAGUGCCGAUGAAGGCGAGGCUGAGGCCAGGGCUGCCGCAGCUGAGGCAAGCUCAGCGAAAGCCGAGGCCAAGGCUGCCGAGGCAGAAAGGAGGGCAGCACAAGCCGAGGAAAGAGCGGCGCAGUUGGAGAAGAACCUCGAAGACCUCCAAGCCCAGCUAUAUGACAGCGAGGCACGAGCGGUGGCAGCGGAGGGCAAGGCACUGUUUGCAGUGAACACACUCUUCCCUUUGCUGGAAGGGCUUCCAGGCAUUGUGGAUAAAAUGCUAACUGGUGUGGCGGCUGGUGCAACAGCUGUUAACAAUGGACCAGCUGAGACUUUGAAGUUUGGCAACACACUUUUGCCUGCGAUAAGGAUGGUAAGGCUACAAAACGCUGGGCCGUCAAUUUUCACACAAGAACUGGCAGAGAUGGUUUUCGGCCAGACGACCCUGGGCACUCAAAGCCUGAGGGGCUCGACCUUUGGAGAAGGAAAAGAGCCCCUGCACAAAGAAACUGUGGAUGACAUUGUCGUCUACGUCAUGAACAAAUUUCCUGGAGAAUGCGAGGGGACUAUCAGGAGGUACCUAAGACGAAAGUGCAACAAUGCGGCCUCCUCCCUCAAGAAGAAGCCUGCCUAUUUCUGA